GUGCUAUAUUGGGAGAAGUUUUCUAUCAGCGCGCGGAAUCUACGGGCUGAGCAAUCAUCAGGUAUCUGCGGUAUCAUCGAGAGUAUCGCGAUUCAGUUCGUACGCGACAUCCUAUCGCGAGUGACGUUGAUUUAAUAUCUUCUCCCUCGUGGUGGACGUUUCUCUCUAUUCUGAUAUACGUGGACUCAUCGGCGCUGACUGACAAGCUAAAACAACGAGGUCACUUUGCACGAUUCGUCAUAACAAAACUCAUGUUUUUGAAAUUACAAACGCUAUAAACUUGUCGAAACAUAUGUCUCCGGCAAAUUACAAAUAACAUGUUCUUUUUCGGCAGUUUGAUGUUCUGCCAUGUGAAUGCUGAAUUGUAAACAAUACGUCGUCAGUAUAUCGAGAGUCGUGAUUUUAUUUGCAGCCACUGUAAAUAGUGUAUUCGAUCGAUUUACAACUGCGAGCUUUUCGAUUGUGCAAAAUUGUGUAAAUAUAAAGGGACAAAAAGAGUGCAUGAACUUGAACAACUGUGCAUAGCGACUGUUGUUUGGGAAUUAAAUUACAUAAAUAUUUUAGUGGUGCGACAUAUAAAAGAGUGCGCGAUUUCUAUUGAUCUUUCUGAGCAAAUUAUAAUUAAAUUAAUUAAAUUGUGAUUUUUUAAUUAAAUUAUAAUUUCUGUGUAACUCUACAAUCGAGCGGGAUAUAAUUGUUCUUCGGACAAAAGGCUCAAGGACACGGAAGUAUCAUCUUGUCGAACAGCAAGAAGUGAACACGUACCUGCGCUUUUAUCCCGCUCAAUUUCGCGUCGAGAGAGAUUGCCCUCGAAGGAACAAUACGAACACCGCGGCAUUCAUCAGGCACUCAGAAUGCAAUUCCUUUCGGCGCACGCUGUCUCGGGGAUUCAUCAAAGAAUUCAGGACGCAUAAGCGACUAUCGUUUCUCUGUUCGCAUCUCCUUCCGCGGAAGGAUCCCGCGAGAGGAAGAUUCGAGCGUAUAAACGGAUGACCUGUUAACGAGGCGUCAGCAAGGUUUACUGAUUUCGACGAGUUUAUCGAAACGCGAGUCGCUCUGCUCAUUUGUUUGCACUUGCGAUUCCGAGACAUGAUAUCAGAAUGCGCGGAGAACGGAACGCUCGAUUGCUGGCGGAAUUUGACCGAGGCCGAAUACCUGAACGCGGUGCUCGGACCCAAGUAUUUGCCCUUAAGUCUCGUAAUACCGCUCACGAUUGCUUACGUGGUUAUCUUCGUCACUGGCAUCUUCGGCAACGUCGCCACGUGCACGGUCAUCGUCCGGAACGCAUCCAUGCGAACCGCCACCAACUAUUACCUCUUCAGUCUGGCCAUAUCCGACCUCACUCUACUUACACUGGGUCUUCCCAAUGAAUUAAGUGUGUUCUGGCAGCAAUAUCCGUGGGCAAUGGGCGUGGCGCUUUGCAAGAUCCGGGCAUAUGUAUCGGAGAUGUCAUCUUAUGUCUCAGUUCUCACGAUCGUGGCGUUUUCUAUGGAGAGAUAUCUGGCCAUCUGUCACCCAUUGCGCGUUUAUUCGAUGAGCGGUCUCAAAAGACCAACUCGCUUCAUCCUUGCAGCCUGGUUAAUCGCGAUAUUCUCCGCCAUACCUUUUGCGAUUUACACCAAAGUCAAUUUCAUCGAAUAUCCGCCAGGAUCAGGAAAUUAUUCGGCUGAUUCGGCGAUUUGUGCGAUGCUUCUGCCCAACAUGCCAAAAUUUCCUCUGUACGAGCUCAGCUGUAUCGUAUUCUUUCUGAUACCGAUGCUUAUAAUCCUCGUGAUGUAUACGAGGAUGGGAUUGAGAAUCAAGAGCACGACGAAAGAUGCACUGGGUGCGAUACAAGGCACCGUACACGGCGAUUAUCGACAGAUUCAGUCCAGGAAGUCUGUCAUCAGGAUGUUAAGCGCGGUUGUUAUCAUGUUUUUCCUGUGUUGGGCUCCGUUUCACACGCAGCGUCUGCUUUAUAUUUACGCGCAAGAAUCCGAUUACUAUUUGGACUUAAACGAAUGGUUGUACAUUUUAAGCGGCUGUCUAUAUUACUUCAGCGCCACCGUUAAUCCUAUUUUCUACAAUCUGAUGAGCGUCAAAUAUCGUCAUGCGUUUAACCAAACGAUAUGCUGCAGAAAUAGAAGAUCAGCAAAAAAAACUUUAAAUCAAAAAUCUUAUCUAUGCAGAUGCGAUUUCUCGAAUAAAGAUCACGAUCGAAACAUUAUGUGUUCCGUCAGAUGUACCAUUGCCCAAGCCAAAGAGAUAUUGUGUUUUACACCGAGCAGAGGAGAGAAUACCAAGAACAGCAGCAGAAGUAACGGAAAUACAAGCAGGUUCUUUCAAAACGCCUACUUGCAAAAGGAAAAUUCAUCGGAACCUCUCUUUGCAAGGGGGCAUUAUCUCGCUAACAAACAACUCAGCAACGAAAGCACAACGUCCACGAAAAGAUCAGAGGACACUGUUUCUGUAGUUAAAUGCGAUCUGUGAUCUAUUUUAAUUCACUAUUUUUAGAUAUAUAUAUAAAACAUAUAACGUUGUAAAUAGAUAAAUAAGUUUGUACAAUAUAAUUUGCA